UCCGCGCAUGCGCACCUCUUAAAGGCGACGUGCGGCGUCUGUUUACAUUCCACACGCCACUUUUCCCACUUUUGACUCUGACACGAAGAUGCCAAACGCCGUCGUGACAUCAGCGAUAAAACAUAUCGUGAGUGCUGUGUCACGGUGACUCACGUCCCCUGCAAAAGGAAAAGCCGCCCGGCCCGGCAGCGAGUCCGGUCCCUCCACAGGCAUCUCGUCAGCUACGCCCUGACUCCAGAUCAGACUCACACACCAACCGGCGAGCAGCUGCUGCUGAUGCUGCUGCUGCUGAGGAUGAUGAUGAUGAUGCUGCUGAGGCUUCUGAGUAUGUGACUGACAGAAUUUCAGCUAACGAUGAGCGGCCAGUAAUCCAGUGCGGGACCGGACCGGGACCUGCUUAUGGGCUUUUGGGACGCGGAGAGUUUGAGGCCGGACACAUGCUACUGAUCUGAGGACUCUGCUGUGGAUGCGGGACGAUGUGCGGCGCCGCACCCCAGGAGACCCCACUAGAGCCGCGUCUGAGUCCUGCCACGCUCGUCUGAUCUCCAUGAUUCACAGUUUAUCCCUGCGAGUGCCACAGCCCAGGAUCUGAGACCGAGGGGACCCCGGGACUGGGCACUGUUGCUCUCAGAUGGAGAACACAACUGUGGGAGCUUCCAGAACAGGCGCGUGUAAGACAGGCGGAGGUGAGGCCAGUGCAGUUUGUGUGAGGAGUGGGGGGAGAAGGAGUAGAGGAACCCGGCUGGCUGGACUGAUGAGAGAAGGAGGUGACAGCAUGCUUGUGGUGGUCGGACAUGAUUGGUGGUGUUCUGAAGUUGAUGGAAGGCAGUCGGGCCUCAGAGAAGGAGGAGCUCUUCAUCAUGGCUGAGAAGACGCUUGACUCCGGCUCUGUUAGUAUUCCAAUGGAGGAGACUAAAGUCCACAGCGGAGCCCAGCAGGAGGCGCCGCUGCUCACACACUUGAAGAAGGUGGAGAACCACAUCAGUGAAGCUCAGAGGUUCUCACACCUUCCUCGCCGCUCAGCUGUGGACCUGGAGUUCACCCAGCUGUCCUACACUGUUAGGGAGGGGCCGUGGUGGAGGAAGAGAGGCUACAAGGCUCUCCUCAAGUGUCUCUCCGGAAGAUUCAACAACAGGGAACUGAUCGGCAUAAUGGGCCCCUCUGGAGCUGGGAAGUCAACCUUGAUGAACAUUCUGGCAGGUUACAGGGAGACGGGAAUGAAGGGCCAGAUCCUCGUCAAUGGCCGAGCGCGGGACUUAAGGACCUUCAGAAAAAUGUCCUGCUACAUUAUGCAAGACGACAUGCUGCUGCCUCAUCUGACCACCAGGGAGGCCAUGAUGGUUUCUGCAAAUCUGAAACUGAAUGAGAGCAUGCAGGUCAAGAAGGAGCUGGUGGAUGAGAUCCUGACUGCACUGGGUCUGUUGGACUGUGCUCACACACGGACCAUCUCUCUCUCUGGUGGUCAGUGUAAGAGACUCGCCAUCGCUCUGGAGCUGGUCAACAACCCUCCUGUUAUGUUCUUUGAUGAGCCCACCAGUGGUCUGGACAGCGCCUCCUGCUUCCAGGUGGUCUCACUAAUGAAGUCCUUGGCUCAAGGUGGUCGAACCAUAAUCUGCACGAUCCAUCAACCCAGUGCGAAACUCUUUGAGAUGUUUGACAAGGUAAGUCCUCUGUUGCUGCUGUUAACCCUCAAAAAUGUCACAAGGCUGAGUGACCUGCUGGAUUUCAUCCUCCAGCUCUAUAUCCUGAGCCAGGGUCAGUGCAUCUACAAGGGGACGGUUCCAAACCUCAUCCCAUACUUGAAGAACCUCGGUCUGCACUGUCCCACGUACCACAAUCCUGCAGACUUCAUCAUCGAGGUGGCAUCGGGGGAGUACGGCGACCUGAACCCAGUCCUGUUCGAGGCAGUGCAGGGGGGACUGUGCUGUGAAGAAGGGAAGAAGAACUCCCAAGACAAAAGCGACACCUCCUGCAACUCCACUUGCCACAGCGACACUGGGACUCUGGAGAAACACAGUUUUGCCACUAGUACCUUCACGCAGUUCUGCAUCCUCUUCAAGAGAACCUUCGUGACCAUCUGCAGGGACACGGUUCUGACACACCUCAGGGUCAUGUCCCACCUGUCCAUCGGCGUGCUGAUCGGCUUGUUGUAUCUGAAGAUUGGAAAUGAUGCCAGCAGAGUAUUCAACAACACUGGCUUCCUCUUCUUCUCCAUGCUGUUCCUCAUGUUUGCGGCCUUGAUGCCAACCGUCCUCACCUUUCCUCUAGAGAUGUCAGUGUUUGUGAGGGAACACCUCAACUACUGGUACAGCCUGAAGGCCUACUACCUUGCCAAGACCAUGGCCGACAUUCCAUUCCAGGUGAUCUGUCCCAUAAUGUACUGCAGCAUUGUGUACUGGAUGACUGAGCAGCCUCCUGAAGCUGGCCGCUACCUUCUCUUCGUGGCCUUGUCCACGUCCACCGCCCUGGUGGCACAGUCUUUGGGUCUGUUGAUCGGAGCUGCGUCAACAUCCCUCCAGGUGGCAACUUUCGUGGGUCCGGUCACAGCCAUACCAGUGCUCCUCUUCUCUGGUUUCUUCGUGAACUUCGACACCAUCCCCAAAUACCUCCAGUGGAGCUCCUACGUCUCCUAUGUCAGGUACGGGUUUGAAGGUGUGAUCCUCUCCAUCUAUGGGAUGAACCGCUCAGAGCUGGAGUGUCCGGCGCAGGCCUGCAAGUUCCAGAAGCCGGAGGAGGUCCUGCAGAUGCUCGACGUGGAGGAUGCAAAGCUCUAUGUGGACUUCAUGGUGCUGGGCGUCUUUUUCCUGAUCCUCAGACUGGCCACCUACUUGGUCCUCCGCUAUAAAGUCAAAUCAGAGCGCUAACACGUCAUCAGAUCCGGACCAGGAGGUGGUGCUGCGACGGUCAUCAAAGCCACUCUUCAACCAUCGUGUCCUAUUGUCCAGGUCAUCUCUCUCUGUUCAAGUCACUGAGUGCUUGAGUGUGAAAAAAGCCUGACUUUGUCACUGAGUGCAUGUUUACUCCGACGUGGGACGUGAACUGCAACCCAUCAGAACCUCUUUCUCACCUGCAGCCGAGAAAAGAGCUGUUCAUCUACGCAGCACAGUACGUCCAUCCAGCGUCAAUAUUCAAGUCUCUAUGGGCCCCUUACUGACUGACUCGAGUCCUGAAAUGGGAAGUCCUUGUGCCUCUAGAACUGCUCCUCACCUAGAAUGUCAGAAUGUCAGCAUUUGCACUUGUGGUCCUCGUCUGCGUCCAUGCUAAGCUCCAGACUCACUGUUCACUGCGUCACUUCAUCUUCAAUAUGACCUGUGGUGACUCGGUUCUCAGCUGAUGUCAAUCCGGACACUCGGCACCUGCAUGAGCGCCGCAACACUUCCGAACUUUGUCACAUCGAAAAACCAUUUUGCACGUUUUGCAUGUUUACUAUUGUCCAAAAUCCAUCUCAAAGCCGGUUGGUCAUUUCACACUGCAGUCAGGUCAUGUGACCGGAAUCUAUGUCAAUGAAAUGUGAAGGAUGAGCUAGCAGACACACCAAGUCACCAUGCAUCCGACACCCGACGUCCCUGUGACAUGACACAGUGUUUGCUGGGCCCAACUCACACACACCGCAAGAAAGCAGAAUGUCUGAUGCCGCAAUGGACUCUAGAUGUGAAUGUUCCUUCUUAAUCCAACUUGAGUAUUUAACCAACAACUGUACAGUCGAUGUGUGACGCUGUAAACAAAUGUACAUUUGCACCUUCAGUAUUUAUGACCAGUAUUAUUUAUUGUAUAACCGCUCUGUGACAAGUGCCGCCUUGGAAGUAUUAGGAAAAAGCGCAACAGAAUGUUGCAUGUGUUUUUUUCUUUCUCCCAGGACUGAUGACGAUGGUAGUUAUGCUGCUGCUGCUGAUGGGAACUAUAGUAAUAAUGGCAUCAUAGUGCUGUGACUGAUGAAGGGAUCAAGUUACCAAAGAAGAUGGAGGAUGUUUUAUGGUUUUAAAAAAAAGGAUCAGAAUGCUUUUCUAUAUUUAACCCCGAACCUGCCUGUACAGAGAUUUCAAUAUUCAGUAAUAUACGAAUACAUAUGUACAUGGUAGAUAUAGUCUGUAUAAUUUUUAUUUCUUUUUUACAAUAAAACUUUUCAAACAGUG